AUGGCUGGUCAGGGACAGCACGGUAAUGCUCUGGGCUCAGUAGAUGGACCUCAACUCGCAUGAGGCUUCUUGUUCUUGUCUUACUUCUGGGCAGUGUCUCUUGGAUUGCUUGUCCACACCCUAAAGAAAAGCUUCUCUUUAAAUAUUCCUCUCCACAUGUUUUCUUCCUUAAAACCUUUUGAAUUUUAACAAGCACUUACUGAGCACAUCAUACACACCCAGCACUGUUCUAUGUGCAGGGAAUACAGCAAUAAAAACAAAGUUCCUCCCCUGUAGAGCUCACAGGGAGACAGGCAAUAAACUAAUCCAGAAAUAGAUAUACAAGGGCUGGUGACCAGUACUAUAAAAAAGAAUAGAGCAUAAGGAAAUAGUAUAAGGAGCACAGGGAGGAAAUGGUUGGGAGAGUCUUCCUAGUCUUUGAGAACCUGCCUCCCUUUCUCACAGCUCACGUUCUUGCUCUCCCUUCCUAAUCCAGUGAGUGAACUGUCCUCAAUGGGAAAAUGAGAUUUUUCAUUUACUUAGUGAAAAGAAUAUGACAGUCAGAUGACUGGAAAGGCAAAUACUGCAGUAUAUAAACAAAACCAGAACUUCUGAAAGCAGUGCUUUUGUACAUGUCCUUGUUAAGUGAUAUAACACCAAAUACGUUUUGGUUUCUAUAGUGAGUUCCCUUUAUCAGAAAGCCAACUUUUUAUACUGCUUAUCUCCAGUGCUUUUGUUUGCCUUUUGCUCACCCUUCCUAAACCAUAUAAAAAGAUCAGAGAACCUGGUUGAGACUUCUCUUUCAGGAAAGCAUCAGUUAAGGACUCUAGGAAGGACAGCGUCUUUUGUUCCAGUUCAUGAUGGAUUGGCUCCAGCUGUUCUUCCUUGAUCCUGUAUCACUUUAUCAAGGAGCUGCUUUUCCUUUUGCACUUCUGUUUAAUCAUCUCUGCAUUAUGGAUUCAUUUUCCACUCAGGCCAGGUACCUGUUCCUCCUGGCGGGAGGCGGUGCCCUGGCCGUGGCUGCUAUGGGUGCCUUCGCUGUGCUGGUUUUCAUCCCCGCCCUGUGCACGGUGGUCCUCAUCCACUCGCUUGGCCCCCAGGAUGUCCACAGGCCGACCUUCCUCUUUCAGAUGACCUGGCAGACGCUGUGCCACCUGGGUCUGCACUAUACGGAGUAUUAUCUGCAAGAAGCUCCUUCUACAAGGUUCUGCAUCACUCUCUCUUCGCUCAUGCUCUUGACCCAGAAGGUCACAUCCCUGUCUCUGGAUAUUCGUGAGGGGAAGGUGGUAGCACCAUCAGGACGCAUCCCUAACAAGAACUCUUUGUCUGAGCAUCUGCGUGCGGCUCUUCCCUAUCUCAGCUACUUGCUCUCCUUCCCUGCCCUCCUAGGAGGUCCGCUGUGCUCCUUCCAGAGGUUUCAGGCUCGAGUUGAAGGGCCCAGCAGUUUGUGGUCCAGGCACUCUUUCUGGGCUCUGACCUGGAGGGUGCUGCAGAUCCUGGGACUGGAGAGUCUGAAGGUGAUCGUCAGCGGGGUGGUGGGCGUGGGGGCAGGACUCGGAGGCUGCCGGCAGCUGCAGUGCGUCUUCAUCCUGUGGUCCACGGCCGGGCUCUUCAAACUCACUUACUACUCCCACUGGCUCCUGGAUGACUGCCUCCUCCGUGCGGCCGGCUUUGGAUCUGAGUUAGGUCGCAGCCCGGGUGAGGAGGGACUCCUCCCCGAUGCGGACAUUUGGACACUGGAAACGACCCACAGGAUAGCCCUGUUCACCAGGAAGUGGAACCAGAGCACGGCUCGGUGGCUCCGACGCCUGGUUUUCCAGCAGCGCAGGACCUGGCCCUUGUUGCAGACGUUCCUUUUCUCGGCCUGGUGGCACGGUCUCCACCCGGGGCAGGUGUUCGGUUUCCUCUGCUGGGCUGUCAUGGUGGAAGCCGACUACCUGAUUCACGCCUUCGCCAGCGUGUUCAUCAGCUCCUGGCCCACGCGGCUGCUCUACAGAGCCCUGGCCUGGGCCCACACCCAGCUCAUCAUCGCCUACAUAAUGCUGGCCGUGGAAGCCAGGAGCCUCUCGUCUCUCUGGCUGCUGUGGAAUUCUUACAGCAGUGUUUUUCCCACGGUGUACUGUAUUUUGCUUCUCCUGUUAGCUAAGAGAAAGCAUAAAUGUAACUGACAUCUUUCCCAUCCCUCCUCUCAUAUGCCCCAUGAAACAGAUGAUAGAAAGUACUAGAUGGCACCUGUGUGCAUGUAUUUGCACUUUUCCAUGAUAAAAGUUGUGUGUUUGUUUUUUUUUUUAAGUAAUGGAUGUAUAUAUCUGAUGUCUUGACAUGGAAAUCUGUGUAUCUACUUUAAUGAUAUAUUAUUGAUGCUGAUACUGAGGAUCCAGAAAGGAAAAAGACAGGAUUUCUUCCCUUAGGGGUUACAGUUUAUGUGCAGAAGCAAAGUUUAGGUUUAAUAUGAUACAUAAAAAUACAAGGUACUUUAAUGUUUAUACAUGGAAUCUAGAAAAAUGGUACUGAUGAACCUAUUGCAG